GUGCGCCGGGCGCGAAGCAGGGAAGGACCGCGACGGAAGCGAGUGGCCGGCGCGUGGAGUUAAAUUGAGUUGUGUUAAUGAAGAUGAAACUUUGCCUUUCCAAAGUAGUUGGUGGCUGUCGUCUUGGCACGCUGACAAAUCUUGGUAGGAAAGGGAUUCAAUCUAUGGAGAUUCCAGGUUGUCUGCUUUACACCAAAAUGGGAUCAGCACCACACCUGACACAUGACAAUCUACAGUUGGUACAAGAUAUUCCUGUAGUUAUACAACUUCCACUUCCAGCAUUGACAGAACUUCAUGAAGUCUUGGCGGAAUAUAAAGAAGGAACUGGAAAGUUCAUAGGCAUGCCAGAUUCAGUGCUAUAUUGUUCCCUCCAUGACCCAGUUAUCUGCUCCCGACCUGGUUACAACAACUGCAAGUCAGUUUCUGUAUGGGGAAGUGGAGGGCGGAUAGAAAUUACACCAUCAAAUUUCAUGGCCAUCCAACGCGUUAUUCAGCCAGACUGGUUCCAGUGUUUAUCAGAUGGAGACACUGUUGGAGAAGGAAUAUCUAAGAAGAGGGCCAAGAAGUCUGUGGAUCGAUCCCUGUCCUUUUUGGAUGAGUGCCUGCAGUUGCAAGAUAAAUCUCCAGAAUUGCAGCAGAGCUUGAUAAUUGGAGUUGUUGAAGGUGGAGAUGUGUUGGAAGAGAGGCUCCGAUCUGCUAAGGAGACUGCCAAGAGACCGGUAGCUGGCUUCUUGCUGGAUGGCUUUCAGGGAAAUGCCAUGGCCUGGAAGACCAAGCUGGAACUCUUGUCCGCGGUUACAGCAGAGUUACCGGAAGAUAAACCCAGACUGAUUCAUGGAAUUGGCAGGCCAGAUGAAGUGCUGGACUGCAUUCAGAGAGGCGUAGAUGUUUUUGAGAGUUCUUUCCCUUACCAAGUGACAGAGCGGGGCAGUGCUUUGUCCUUCAGCUAUAAUUAUAAACCAGAUCCUGAAACAGCAGUCUUAAAAGAGAAAGGGCAAAAAGAUACGAGGAGAAAAGAGGAUGAAAAAACAGACAAUGAAACAAUCCACGGAGCUCAAGAAGUUGCUUCAUUUGAAAUAAAUUUGAAAGAAAAAAAGUACCAGGAUGACUUUGGCCCUUUAGUGAAUGGAUGCUUGUGCUACUGCUGCCAGAAUCAUAGUCGUGCCUACAUUCAUCACCUUCUUGAGACCAAAGAGUUGCUAGCUGGUGUGCUGCUUAUGAUGCAUAACUUUCAGCACUAUUUCGGUUUCUUCUGUUCUGUGCGAGAUGCUCUGAAAGAAGACCAGUUGGAUCGAUUGAGAGAGAUUGUCUGCAUGCAAGCACCUUGAGGCUACAAAUACAUAAAUAGUACAGGGAGAGAAGAACCCAUGAAGCAACAGGCUCCAUAUUUUGGCCACCAUUAAUCUCAUGUCAUCUGAAGCCCAAGCCUUCUGGAAUCUCUUCCCCAUUAGCCAACCAGUUAUAGCAAGGACAGCCUGAUGUUGGUGGACUACAAUUUACAGCAUCCCUACCAUUGACCAUGCUGAUGGGAGCUAGCAUCCCAACAACAUCCUCAAGCCCUACCUUGACUACCUCUGGGUUAAAGGAACCAGAAAACAAAGGAGGAGAUCACAUUUCUAGAGAUACCCAUUCAUGAUGUUUAUCAUCAUGACUUGUGUCUGUAAUCCUCAGGAACCCUAGGAGCACUAGAGCUGAAGAAAAGAAUAUAAACUGUCACAUGAAUCAUGUUAAAAAUGUCAGAUUGCAUUGUGGGCUCUGACUUCAUCCUCAUAACCGACUAAAAUCAGCCCAUUUGGGCUUUUAUUUAAAAUGCCUCUGGGAAGAAGAUAAAAUAGAAGAAAGGACUCUUUGCAACUCUUUGACCUCUGGCUCGCUGGGCACACAGGCAAUGUUUUGCAAGUGGGACCAGUCCCCACAGUAUUUCAUAGACUUGCACAGUGCAGAACCCUUAUUCUGCACUAUGGCUUGUCUGUUACAGUCCAUGAUUAUGAUAAAAAGUCCCCAGAACAACAGCUGUUCUAACAAUUUUCCUCUUGCAAAGUCCAUUCUCCCUCCCUGAUUUGUGGCUGGCAAGGGGCAUGCUUUGAUUAAUGUAGCUUGAGAGAUGUUAAUGUGUGGUAGUGCUUUGAUGAUAACAGAGGACACGGGUGCAAACACAUGUUGGGCUUCUGUAUCUUCUUGAGUUCAAUUGUGCUUUUUUAUUGAGUGGAGCAUUUUAAAGUGUAUUAUUAUUGUUAUUAUUAUUCAUGAGAAACAUCAGUAAGACACUUGUACAUAUUUUUGUAUUACUUCCUGGUAAGGCUGUUGCAUAGAAGAGCAUAGGCAUUGAAACACAUUAUCUGGAGAUCUUUGCAUGGGCUGGAGGCCUAUGGUCCUGCUACUGUGCAUGAAAGAUCAGGGUGUGUUCCUUCAGCAGCGUAAUCAGCUUUGCAAAAAGGUAAGUGCUUGUGUGAAAGAAUGGAAGGACUGAAACUAGACCCUCACCCCCCCCUCUCUGCCAGGCAGGUUAUUGGAAUCUGAUCCAUCACAUAUUGUUAGAUCUCCAAGAAAGGAUACUGCCAUGCUGACCAGAGGAGAAUGGCAGAUCAAGUUGAUGGAUUAUGCUGAAAUGGCUAAAAUGACCAGUAGAAUCAGAAAUCAGGAAGACCAAAAUUUUAAUAAGGAAUGGGGAAAAUGUAUAACUUAUCUUAAAGACCAUUGUAAACAUUGUUUAAUCAUUUCCUCCUGGAUCAUUAUAAAAGUUGCAGGAGGAAAUGAUUAACAGUCGGACCCACAAAGGAGAGGAGAAAAGUCCAAGAGAUUCCACAGAAUCUUGUUUUUAUGUUGGAUGUUGGAUAUGUGACUAAAGUUUUAAUCUGAAAAACCAAAUAAAUAAAUUUCUAUUAAAGAAAAGGACACUGCCAUGCUGAAUUGGAAGGUGGGGAAGGUGUUAAACUUCUGUCUUUUGCUAACUUCAACUUAUCAAAAUCUUUUAAUAAUAAAACUUUUUUUUAGUUUUGUCAUUAUCGAUUCAGCUUCUUUCAGUGGGUUGUUUAUAUGAAUCAGAAUGUUUUGAAUGGGGAUCAGUGUGCUAUGAUUUAAUUGGCUCUUGAAUAGUCCAUCCCCAAAUUCUUAAAGGUACAUGGUUUACCACGGUCUUGUGUUUCACAGGCUGCCUUUCGUUUUUGUCAACUCUCCUAAAACUGUGGUAUGGAUAAAGCUUGCUACACUUCUUUCUUCCCUCUCCCAGAAUGGAGUGGUGUUUGUGGAGACAUGUGAAAGCGCUUCAUACAUUUACUAAGGAAAUCCAUGGCUGUUUGCUUAAAGCAGAUGUGCAAAAGGUGGCUUUUACAGGAAUUCAGAUCAGACUUGUUCCUUCUCAUUUUAUAAAGGUAAUUCAGGCUUUUCAUGGUGGGAUGCUUGACAUACUUAUUUUUUCUUACUGCUUGUUAACAAGAUCUCAGUGGUAUUUAUAGGGUUGCCAAGCAAUCAGGUUAGGAUGGCAUAGAGGCUAUUACCUUGCGUCUGCUGGAGGAGGAAUCGUGGCUCAAUGCUUAGAACACACACUUGGGGUAUGAAACAUCCCAAAUAACAGUUCCUUGUAUUUCUGAUUAAAAGGAUCUCCAGAAGCAGGACUGGGGAAAAGCCCCUCUUCCUGAAACCAUGGGAGGGUGGACCAAACCAGGCAAAAUGGACUAAGGUUAUAAGAUGGCGUCAUACAUUCAUUAUAUACCACUUGAAAAAAAAUUCGUAAAAAUGUCAAGCUUACACUGCCACUAAGCAUGGCUUGGGCUUUAGAAACUAUGCAAAACAUCAAUUCUGUCAUGCAGUUUCAUGAAUCAUUUCUAAUUAAUAAAAUUAGCAUCUUUGUGGGGGCACGUAGAAGCUUUUCUUGCUUUGUUAUUAAACAAGCAGGUAUGUUUCAGGUUACUAUCAAUAAUCAGACUGUACUCUUAAUUGCAAUUUUACAUUCUCUCAACUUUUUAAAUGAAGCUUUUGUAUAAUAUUGCAGUAUAAAUUGUAUAAAAUUGAAGACAGUAACCAGACUUCAGACAUGUUCUUUGGUUACAUUCACAACUGUGCCACAAGCAUUCCCAGCCUUUCACCUAGACUAUAUCUUUUAAUUAACAGGGGGUGUUAAUGCUUCACCUGCUGUCUAUUGCUCUUAUCGUACUAGCUAAAUGUUGCUAGAAUGUAUUCUGAUAAUUGCUGGCUUAUUGGGUGCUUGUGGCAGUUUCUUUCUAUGCUUUGAAUUUCAUAAAGCAGUGAUGGUGAACCUGUGACACGCGUGUCAACACUGACAUGCAUAGCCAUUUUCGGUGACACGCGGCUGCAUGCCGAGACCCAACUUCUGGCCGUCGGAAUCUUUGGGGGGCUUGUGGACUUCCAGCAAGGCAAGAUGGCGGUCGGCACGGAGCCGCGGAGCUCCUGAAAGUGACCAGUGCUGCAGGAGCUGCCAGACGGGCUCCCGAGCCACCAAAACCACCACCGCCCGGACACUGAGAGCGACCAGUGCAGCAACCAGGGAGCUGCCGGACCCCACCCCCACCCCGCGAACCUGGCGGACGGCCUCGAGGCACUCCGGAGGCCGGAGGAGGAAAAAGGAAGACCCGGCCCAGCUGCUGCCGCCCCUGCAGAAAGGAGGGAGAAAAGAAGGAAAAACAAGGCAAAGGAGAACAGGGGUCCGCUCGCUCCAUUGCCGUCUGUCGCCCCCGCCUCUAGGGAAAGGAGGGCGCCCUUGGAGGAGGGAGAAGACCCCGACCUCGCUGUUGCCACUGCUGCCAUCCCAGGAAGAGAGAAGAGACACCCAAGAAAGCUUAAACCCCUUUCCUGUUACACCGCCGCCGCGCAAGCAUAGCCGAGUGAGGGGAGAGGUGGGCUGAAGAGAGCCACGAGGAAGAACAGGCCCAACCCGAGUCCACCUCCCCAGCGGCAGACCCGUUGGAGGAAGGCUUGAGCCCAGAGUCCCACUGGGAAAGACUUCUGGUUUUUGCCUUAUUUUUCCCCUUAAUAUUUUUUAAAUAUUUUUUUAAAAAAAACUAAUA